GUCUCCCUUUCCAGCUCCGAACCCUAUUUCGGGCCUCCUCCUAACCCCAGUCCCCGUCGCCACCCUCGUCCGAUGGCUGCCGCAGUCCGGCCGCUCGUAACCGUGCAGCCCCUUGAGGGCGACAUGGCCACCGACGCGCCCGCCGCCGUCCCCCUCCCUGACGCCUUCAAGGUGCCGAUUCGCCCGGACGUCGUUCGCUUCGUGCACGACAACCUCUCUAAGAACAGACGCCAGCCUUACGCUGUCUCUAAGCUCGCCGGUCACCAGACCUCGGCCGAGUCCUGGGGCACUGGCCGCGCCGUCUCCCGUAUCCCCCGUGUGCCAGGCGGCGGAACCCACCGCGCUGGCCAGGGUGCCUUCGGCAACAUGUGCCGCGGCGGCCGCAUGUUCGCCCCCACCAAGACCUGGCGCCGCUGGCACCGCCGCGUGAACGUCAACAUGCGCCGCUACGCUGUCGCCUCCGCCCUCGCCGCUUCCGCUGUCCCCUCCCUUGUUCUCGCCCGCGGUCACCGCAUUGAGUCUGUCCCCGAGCUGCCCCUCGUGGUCUCUGAUUCCGCUGAGGGCGUCGAGAAGACUGCCUCAGCCAUCAAGAUUCUCAAGCAGAUCGGCGCCCUCCCAGAUGCCGAGAAGGCCAAGGACAGCCAAGGAAUCCGUCCUGGCAAGGGGAAGAUGCGUAACCGACGCUACAUCUCGCGUAAAGGCCCCCUGAUCGUCUAUGGCACCGAGGGUUCCAAGAUCGUCAAAGCCUUCCGCAACAUUCCUGGAGUCGAUGUGGCCAAUGUCGAGCGCCUCAACCUGCUGAAGUUGGCUUCCGGAGGCCACAUCGGCCGGUUCAUCAUCUGGACCAAAUCAGCCUUCGAGAAGCUGGACUCGGUGUUCGGUACCUUCGAUAAGCCAUCCGAGAAGAAGAAGGGGUACGUGCUACCACGGCCAAAGAUGGUGAAUGCUGAUCUGUCGAGGAUCAUCAACUCAGACGAGGUGCAGUCUGUGGUGCGGCCGAUCAAGAAGGAGGUGAAGAGGCGCACUCUGAAGAAGAACCCGCUGAAGAAUCUCUACACGCUGCUGAAACUGAACCCAUAUGCGAAGACUGCCAGGAGGAUGUCUCUGCUUGCUGAGGCGCAGCGCGUCAAGGCCAAGAAGGAGAAGCUCGACAAGAAGAGGACUCAGCUCCCCAAGGAAGAAGCUGCUGCAGUCAAGGCUGCUGGACGGGCAUGGUACAAGACCAUGAUCUCAGAUAGUGAUUAUGCAGAGUUUGACAACUUCUCCAAGUGGCUAGGUGUGACACAGUGAGUAUUUGGCGAUCAGCAUUAGGCAUUUAUUUACAAGAAAUUUUGAAUCAAAUUCUGUUUUUCUUUUUUAUCGGCUUAAUCAUGGCAUCGAGUAAGAACACCUAUGGACAUGAUUGUUGGGUCAUUUAGGCCUUAGGUUUCUUGCUUUACUAGAGCUUGGGUUUGAUAGAUUAUAAAAUUUUCUAUUGGUAGCAGAUAAUUUCUUUGUUGAACUAUUCAUGCAUAAAGAGUUGGUUAAAUAAAAUACACAAGUUUUCAUGAUCACAA